UUUCCUUUGAGUCACUUGUUCCUGGGGCGGGGCGGAAGUGUUUGUGCGUGGUGCAUUGUGGGGAGUGUGGUUCCGGUGAGCCGAGCUGUAGCUCCCACAGCAGCCGAGCAGCGAUCGGAACUAACACCCAACUCGGAGCCAAAAUGAGAGACAAACAGAAGCGGCGCAGGGAGCGGACAUGGGCGGAAGCAGCGAGGAUGGUUCUGGAGAAUUACUCUGAUGCCCCAAUGACUCCAAAGCAAAUUCUACAUGUGAUUGAAAGCGAGGGGCUCAAAGAAACCAACACUGGCUCCUCCCCCCUUGCCUGCCUGAACGCCAUGCUGCACUCCAACUCCCGGACUCGCGAGGCGCUCUUUUACAAACUGCCAGGGCGCAUCAGUCUAUUCACAAUGAAGAAAAAUGCGCUGCAGUGGUCCCGUGCCGUGCCCGCGUCAGAGGAUGGCGACACUGAGGAUCCAGCAGAUACAGAAGGAGCAAAAUGGAGUGAAGGCAAAGUGCCAAGUGCUGAAGAAGCUUGCAUUGGUGCCUCUUGUUCCAGGGAGUUGCACUGCAGGGAGACAAGGUCCCUGGUACAGAUGAAUAAGCAAAAGCGGAGAAGUGCUGUCCUGCUCCCACGUGUGGUGCUGACGCCACUGAAAGUCAAUGGAGCACAUCUGCCUUCUACUUCCGGUUUAUCUGUGCAUCGUGGGAGCCGGGAGUCGAGCCGAGUCCGCGCAGUGGGCGGGAGUUUGAGCUUUCAGAGACGAGCAGCAUUCAGUAGAGAUGGGGCCCAUCCUCUGAGGGGAAUCCGUGGCCCUGGGCCAGGGCAAGUCAGAAAGAGCCGAGUAGAGGAAAUAGAUUUUGAGACCCCAGGUUCUAUCCUUGUGAACACAAAUCUCCGUGCCCUGAUGAACCUGAGAACCUUCAAUGCACUUUCCACCAACCUCCAGCAGCAGCUUCUUCUCCUUCUGCCCGACGUGGACCGGCAGGUCAGUGCAGAAGGGCAGAUACGGAUGAGCCCCAGCGCACUGAAUAAUGAGUUCUUUGCCCAUGCCUGCCAGAGGUGGCGUGAGAGAUUGGCUGAUGGGGAAUUGACGCCUGAGAUGCAGCUGCGCAUACGACAGGAGAUGGGCCGAGAGAAGAAGGUAGAAGGUUGGAAGGAGAAGUUCUUUGAAGAAUUUUAUGGACAAAAAUCAGGGCUUGCUGAGGAACACUUCUCCGAUGAAGAGGAGAAGAAUGGCCGGACGGAGAGCCGGAGAGUUCCACGUGGUGCCCAGAUAAAGGCAACGGAGGCUCGGCCUGGGGACAUGUCUGUGCCAAGACAGGAAAGAAGAGUUAAAGAAAUAAAGGUGACGGAGGCUCUGCCUAAGGACAUGUCUGUGCCAAGACAGGACAGGGGAGUUAAAGAGAGAAAGGCGACGGAGGCUCCGCCUAAGGACGUGUCUGUGCCAGGACAGGACCGGAGAGGCAGAAUUACCAGAGGGAAGGAAGGGAAAGAAGAGACUGGGGCAGUUGAAGUGAGCCCAGAGAUGAGCGAGUCUCCCACAGUGUGUGUAAUGGGAGCAGGGACAGAGCCUGGGGGUGCAGAGGCCCAUAUUGCCCCCAAUGGUUCCCAGAAUCUCCCCACUUUCCCUGACAGAGUCCCUGCCCCUCAUCCACACAGUUCUGAGCAAAAGAGAAAGAUGGAGACAGAGUCUUAUAGCCCUUCCGUCGAGAAGAAACCCCGAAUGGAGCAGCGUCGGUCCUUUCGUAACACAAUUCAGAGUGUUUACACAGAAAAGCCACAGCCCACCAAAGAAGAACCCAAAGUCCCACCAAUUCGGAUCCAACUUUCUCGGAUCAAGCCUCCCUGGGUUUAUAAAGGUUUGCCAGCUCAGCAGUCCUAUCCCCGGAUCAUCCCAAACCCUGAUCCCCCUGGGGGCGGGCCUCCUCCCCGCUCACCUCCUGACAGUCAGACCAGUGCAAUUGGGGGAGGAGGGGGCCCGGGAGGAGGCAGAACCAUUAAGGCAAGAAAGGAAUCCUGGAAGCGAGAGGUCAGACAACCCACAAAGAGAGACCCCACAAAGCCACGUGCAGGUUUGUUCCGAACACAAUUACUGUCGCCCACAGCCAUAAGGAACAGUCUGUCUAAAGCCCUGGGAAAACGUGGCACCGGGAGCGGGUGUUCCUCGCCCGUCAGGACUGAGUUGGGCCCCUCAGCCUGCUCUGUAAUUGGCAAGGCCAACGAGUUCAGUAUGGCUGGAGCUUCUGCAAAUGGACUGUCCCUAUCGGAGGUUUGUGCUGCACGCUGGGCAUAUGAGCCGGGCACUGACCAUGGCAGAGACUCUGUCCAACCAAGUAAUGUUACUUCUCGCCAGAGGAAACCUUAUGCCAACCCUUCUGCUGUUGGUACCAUGGGCUCUGUACCCUGUAAAGCAUCUGGUCACGGCAGCCAUGUUGGUUCCUUUACUGGGGUUCUUGAUGAUGUGUCAAACAUGUCCCAGAGCAUCAGGAAGCAGCAUACAGUGAAGAGAAGAGAAGUGGACUGCACUCCAUUCCCAGUAAGGUUUCCUCCUGUGUCUCUGCCCGGGGGCAAUUAUAGAAAUGUACAAACCCCCUCCCAUGCCGGCACGACUGUGGCCAUUUACCCCAAGGUUGCUGCUGAUGACUCUGAAUGUGCAGUGAUUGGAUCCUUGAGUCCAACGGGUAAAAUUCUGCCUGCAUCCACCUCUAGAUUCCUCUCCAAGAUUCCAGUUCCACCUAGUGAUUAUCUAGAACCAACAGUCCAUGUCCUGCCAGCUGGACAAUCGUCACCAUGGGGCAAACUGAUUGGCCACUGGCCACAAGUCUUAGUGUCUGUUUAUAAAUCUCUUGGAGAGCUAAACCCAAAGUGUCAGGAUUUGAAGAGGAGGAAUUUCCAGGCUCUUUCGGGCACGUUGGCAGCAGAGGCCUCUGUAAGUGCCCCAUUGCCCCGUGGGUUCCCGGAUGAAGACCUUCAUUCAUGGGCAGCUGGAAAGAUACAGAGAUACCAGCCUGUCGCCCGUGGCCAAAGUGUGCAGCGUAUCCCUCUGCGCCUUUCCUAGGAGAUUCCCAUCGGAUGUGCCGCUCCGCAGCUUUCACCCAGAGGGUCGGAUCUGCCAGUAACGCUGUCUCCAAACCUAACCCUGUGCCAGAAUUCCCUGAGGCUGCGGUGCCGCCGCCUGGUGCCACUCCUUGCCAUUAUUCUCCCGCUCUUCCCAGUAAGUAUGAGCCCCAUUGUGCGAGAGACAGAGACGGGAGCCAUGUUCCUGCAGCCAGUGAGCUGCGAGCAUGUGUGUUGGGCCUCAGUGACUGCGUUUUGUGCCUUGAGAGAAUUCCAGUGGCUCUGGGAGCGCCAAUAGUCACGCCGGUAUUUUCCAUAGAUUUCACUGUAAAUAGCUUUACUUGCCCUUUGUUAGACAGUAUGUGCAGAUCCAGCUGCUUCAGCUCUAGUAUUAAUCUCUUCAGUGGGGCAUUGGGGGACCUGCCUUGCCAACGGCACCUUGGCGCGGUGGGCUUAUUGGUUAGUUUCUCUGGGGGGUGGGGGGGGGGGGCUCCAUCCUUUGUUCUGCAUGGACAGUAUUUCUGCAAAGGGAAGGAGACAUUUUAGGAUUGAACGGGUAAAUCACUGUUUUUGUAUAAAGUAAACUAUUUGGCUCCUGUAAGCACCUUGCGCAUUCCGAUGUAUUUAUGUUGUAAACUCUAUAAAUGUAUAUUCUGUAUAGAUGGCACCCUGGUCUGUAUGCACCUACCCUCUCAAUAAACAUGUUCUACAUUCUCACUG